CGUGUUUGCGUCGAAAUUCUUGAGACCCUGGUGGGUGGGAAAGUUGGAACUUCGAUGCGACGCAUUUGUUCCCCAUCAACACACCAGCACGAUGCAUUCCAUACGGCGGAGCUGUUCCUCCGCGCUGCGCAGUUCGAUUGGCGUCUGCAUACAUGUCAAUGGCACACGGCGCGCGUUCUCGCGUAGCAGCGCUUGCUCACGAGGCGCCCUCCCCGUCUUCCUCACGCCGUCGACCCCCGAACUCGGCGCCCUCCUCGGCUCCUUCAACACCAAAGUCCUCCUCCCCUUCCACCUCACAAAGGAACAAGAGAAGCUAGUCUACAAGCUCGACAACCGCGCCAAGCUCGACGCCGAACCCGUAGAAAUCACACUCGGCGACGUGACCCUCCCGCUCACACACAUCAACCGCAACAAAGACCUGCCGAACACAUGGCGCUCGCUGCGGGCCAUCGUCACCCAGAGCACAACAAGAGAGGACUGGGAAAAUGUCGUGCGCGUUAUGGAGGGAUGUGAGAAUGCGGGGCGACAUGUAAAGCCUGCGUGGCAGGAGAUGAUUGUUCGGACGCUUUGUGCGAAUGAUAUGCACCAUUUGGUUCUCAAGGCGCUGCAACGGCCAAAGGCGACGGGGUUGAGGUUGCGCGAGUACGGCGUGUUGAGGCAGGUGAUGAAGGGUGUGCAUGAAAAGGCUGCGCUCGCAGACUGGGAAGAGGAGGAUACGGCCAAAGCGCUGAGGUUGGCAAAGCAGAUUGUGGAGUUGAUGGAUGAUGCGGAACACCAGGCGGACAGGCAGAGGGGGGAGAUGCUGCAGAAGGAUGAUGUGAGGGGGCGGCCGACAGUAGUUGCGCUGCCGACAGAGUUGGCUGCUGUGCUUGCGGAGCGAUAUGGAGGAGAUGUAGCUGAAGUCAAGAAGAUGGCAGGGAGAUUGAUGAAUGCGUUGAAGCAGCACGAGUAUAUGACUACUAUCAACCAAGUCGAAUCCCUCGCCUCUAAAACCUCCGACGACUUCAAGAACGGACCUCGCCAGGUGGCUGCAUUGACUACUCACUGCUACGAGCUCUUCGACCUGAUCCUCGUCUGGAACGCGCUCCGAACAUCUCGCAAGGUGCUCGGCGCUGACAUGCCCAUGGCCGAGGAAGCACUGAAGUUCGAGCAGAAGAUCGAGCAGGUGCUGGAAGAUGGCGUAAAGGCGGCAGACAAGCUGGGGGCUAGGAACGGCCAGCGACUUUUCAGUAGUGAGGAUGGAGGGCUUCCGGGCCGUGUUAGAGAUGCUAUCCAGAGGUGUCGGAGUGAGGCAUCGUGAGAACACUAAGGAGAAUCAUGGGUAGAGGUGUGUUUGAGUCCAAGACGCUGUAUGUUGGUGUAUGUGUACCUGUAUGACGAUUGAGAUGGAACAUGAGUUCACGAUCUGCUCUUUCACAGCUCCUCUUUGGUGAGCGGCCUUGCAUACUCUUACCUUUCCAAGCAUCGUCGGAGAUGCCGAUGAACAAUGCUCAACUACCUUGAGUUUCUCGAGAUGACAAAACCGUGAAUUUUGACUGAGGUUCCCGGUUAGUCAAAUUGCUAGGAACCAAGGUAUAACUAAAUCUCGUAACGGCUGGACAAUUACAUUCCAGAUUAGCGUUGGAGUCUUGUGCCUAGAUUCCUAGCAGAAUACAUCUAGCAUGCGCUUUGGUAAUUCUUAUAGGCGCACUUAUGUGUUUUGUAGUUGCC